AUGAAUAAUUUUUUAAGUAUCAUAAAGGAAAUAAUUCAGCAGUUCAAUAACAGGUUUAUAGAUUUUAAAAAGUUUGAAUGUAAUAUUAAGUUCCUCAGAUGCCCCGAUACUUGCAAUCACGAUGAAUUAGAUUUACAUUAUUUUGAAUGGAUGAUCAUAGAUACAUUUGAAUUUGAGUUAAUUGAUCUUAAAUCCUGUAAUACGUGGAAACAAAAAUUCAUUGACUUAAGACAACUAAUCGAAGAAAUAGAAAUCAACCGUCUUCAAUCAAACGUGGUAAAAAAUGCAGAUACUGAAAUUCUUAAAGUCUGGAAUUCGCUUCCAAAUACAUGUAGUACAUUAAAAAAAGUUGCUCAAUCUAUCCUUUCAAUUUUUUCGUCAACUUAUGCUUGUGAAUCUUCUAAAAAACAACAACAGAAAUAA